UCCCCAUCCUUGCUGUCCCCACCCCCGCUGUGGCGUUCCCGUCCGUGUCCCCGCUGUCCCCGCAGGGUGUCCCCAAGCCCUUCACCGAGGUCAUCAAGGCGAACAUCGGUGACGCCCACGCCAUGGGCCAGACCCCCAUCACCUUCCUGCGCCAGGUGACAGCGCUGUGCCUGUGCCCGGAGCUCAUGGCCAACCCCGCCAUCCCCAGCGACGCCAAGGAGCGGGCGCGGCGGCUCCUGGGGGGCUGCGGCGGGCAGAGCGUGGGUUCGUACAGCGCCAGCCCGGGCGUGGAGCUGGUGCGGGAGGACGUGGCGCGGUACAUCGAGCGCCGGGACGGCGUCCCCGCCAGGGCUCAGGACAUCUUCCUGUCCACGGGCGCCAGCGAUGCCAUCGUGAACAUGCUGAAGCUGCUGGUGGCGGGCUCGGGGCAGUCGCGCACGGGGGUGCUGAUCCCGAUCCCGCAGUACCCGCUGUACUCGGCGGCGCUGGCCGAGCUGGAGGCCGUGCAGGUCAAUUAUUACCUCAACGAGGAGCGGGGAUGGGCCCUCGACGUGGCCGAGCUCAGGAGGGCGCUGGCUGAGGGCAGGAAGCGCUGCUGCCCCCGGGCGCUGUGCAUCAUCAACCCCGGGAACCCUACAGGCCAGGUGCAGAACCGGGAGUGCAUCGAGGCCGUCAUCAAGUUCGCCCACGAGGAGAAGCUUUUCCUCCUGGCUGACGAGGUGUACCAGGACAACGUCUACGCCGAGGGCUCCGCCUUCCACUCCUUCAAGAAGGUGCUGAUGCAGCUGGGACCGCCCUACUCGGAGUCGGUGGAGUUGGCCUCCUUCCACUCCGUCUCCAAGGGAUACAUGGGAGAGUGUGGACUGAGGGGGGGGUACAUGGAGGUGGUGAACCUGGACCCUGCAGUGAAGGACCAGCUGGCCAAGCUGGUGUCCGUGCGGCUCUGCCCCCCCGUGCCCGGGCAGGUGGUCCUGGACGUGGUCAUGGACCCCCCCCAGCCCGGGGACCCUUCCUACGAGAGAUUCCACGCGGAGAAGACGGCGGUGCUGAGCGCCCUGAACUGGGCUGGGCUGGGCUGAGCUGAACUGGGCUG